UUGAUUGAUUCGAAGGUAUUCAUGACUUGCUGUUGUUCAAUUGGAAAAUGACAAAAGAACGAAGAACAAUCGAGCCGAAUUUUCACUUGACGGUGAGCCUAUCAAUCAUCUACUUUUUGGGAACCUGGCCACCACAUGCGAGCAAAUACCGGAUUUUAUAUCUGCUCUAUACCGUCUGUAGCUUUAUUUUCCUUUUGGGUAUAUUGCUUGCCGCCGAGAUAGCAAAUGUAAUCGCCAACUGGGGAGAUAUGUCGAAAAUCAUUGCAUUUGCGACCAUAAUGAUGACGAAUUCCAUUCACGCUUCCAAGGUGAUUAUUCUUCUUUGUCGUCAAAAACGGAUACGGGCUCUCCUGGACAUAGCCAACAGUCCCGCAUUCAGUCGCCACGAUAAAAAGAAUCAGGACCUGCUCAUGAGCUAUACGUGGAAAGGUAUUUUUCACCACGCGGUCUAUCAGAGCUUUGGCGCGAUAGCAGUCUUCUGCUGGGGUAUCACUCCAAUCACCGAUCUGAUUGCCGGUCGUUCACGUCAGUUGCCCAUGGAAGGAUGGUAUCCUUAUAAUGUAACAAGAACGCCAGCAUUUGAGAUUACCGCAGGACAUCAGGGCAUCGCAAUCAUAAUCGCUUGCUUCCAUAAUGUAGCAUUGGACACGCUGGUCACGGGUUUAAUCACGGUCGCUUGCUGUCAAUUGGCAAUCUUAGAGCGAAAUAUUAUCUCGAUAGAUAAGAAAAAAAGCAUGCAGAAAAAGGACAAAUCAUUGUUUCUCGCCGAAGGGGAAGUCUUGUCUUAUCAGCAACUUAAACGAUGCAUUAUCCAUAACAAUAUGAUAUUCCUUUUCACGAGGGAGAUUCAAGACAUUUUUAGUACCAUUAUCUUUUUUCAAUUUCUCUCAAAUUGUAUUAUCAUUUGCCUGAUUGCUUUCAACGUAUCACAGAUGAAAGUUUAUAUCCCAGCAGUGUUAAUCGGCUUGGUUACAUACAUGUGUUGCAUGACAUAUCAGAUAUUCAUUUUCUGCUGGCACGGUAAUGAGCUACAUCUCCAUAGUACACGUAUAGUAACGGCCGCGUAUUCGAGCAACUGGUUCUCCAAUACUGAAGAAUUUAAACGCAGCCUGCAAAUCAUAAUGAUGAGGGCUCAUCGUCCAUUUACUUUGAGCGCCGGCAAUAUUAUGUUAUUGUCAUUGGAUACUUUCGUAGAGAUAUUACGGAUGUCCUAUUCGAUUUUUACAGUACUUCAUGGUUCUACUAUCUAA